GCACACGCGCGCGCGCACACACGCACUAAACACUCAAUUAACAACUAAUUAGGGGCUCGCUGCUUUCCCAGCAGGCUGGAACACACUUGGAAAGGAGGGACCGUCCACCCGUGGAGGGCACUUGCAAACAUGACCGAGGGUUGCGAGUUCGAGAUCGACGUGGAGAGCGUGGAGGCGGAGGCCGACGAGCAGAGCGAGCGACCGGAGGAGGACGACCACCGCGACCGCAACCCGGACGGAGGCGGCGGGGACCCUCGCGCCGCCAAGCCGGCCCACGGUGGCCUGAGCCCGGGCGACCAGCGCAAGCUGAGCCGCACGCCCAAAUGCGCGCGCUGCCGCAACCACGGCGUGGUGUCGUGCCUCAAGGGCCACAAACGCUUCUGCCGCUGGAGGGACUGCCAGUGCGCCAACUGCCUGCUGGUGGUGGAGAGGCAGCGGGUCAUGGCCGCGCAGGUGGCGCUACGGAGGCAGCAAGCCACGGAGGACAAAAAAGGCCUAUCUGGGAAACAAAUUCCAGCCGAGAGGAGGAGCAUCUAUCAGAGACAUGUUCGUCCAUCAACGCUGCUGGCCAAAAGCAUCCUUGAAGGAUUCCGCCCGGUGCCGUCCGAUCCCUUCCUGGCCUCCAACCAGUCCCUGCCGCCCCCGCUGAGCGACCGCAUGCGCAAGAGGCGGGCGUUCGCCGACAAGGAGCUGGAGAGCAUCAUGUUGGAGCGAGAGUACAAGGAACGCGAGCUAUUGGAGAGCGGCCAGGCCUCGCCGCUGCUCUUCUCCAACAACAUGGCGCACCACGCAGUGCCGUACUCGCCUGAGGUGCCCCCUAAGGACAUGUGCCUGGGCCCCAGCUGUUUGGACUUGCCCAUGCAGUACCCCACGCCCGCCAACAACAUGGAGCUCAUCUCGUCCAAUGUGAGCAUGGCUGCUACGUACCGGCACUACCCGCGGGGAGGCUUCAUGGUGUGGCCCCGUAGUGCCGCCAACUUGGGCGACGCCCUGCUCUACCGUCAGUGCCUCUUCAAUGCCACGGCGGUACAGAAUAUGAAGCCUGGUGGUGCGGUGUGGGAGCCCAAGACCAUGCCCCUCGAGAGCCAUCCGCCGGAGCAGGACGCCGCCGGUGCAGAGGGCUCGCGAGCUGCCUUGUUGCAGGACCACGAGGACCCGCUAAGGGUGGCAUCAAAAUCUACCAUGAGAGAGAACUCUGCUUUCUACCCACCAAAGAGGAGCUUUCCACAAGCCUUCCCGGCCAAGGAUGCCGCCAAGUUCUCUCUAAAAGUAAACUCCACCUUCCACUCUCUCAUCCAACACUCACUGGGCGACAAGGGCGGUGGGGGUGGCGGUGGCGGAGGGACGGCAGUGGCAGAACUCCGGGGGGCGCCAAAUUGCAGAGAACUCCUGCAGGAGGCUGCCCGCAAGCUCAGGGAAAACUCUGGCAAGGACGCCCAGGCCGACAAAAUGGCCGACAGGUACGCCAAAGAUUUCCUGACCAAGCCGGGUGGGACCAAGAUGGCCCCCGGCGAGUCUCUCUCCUUUUCUGUGGAAGCCAUUUUGAAAAGACCGGCCAUGAGUCAGGCGUUUCAUUGAAAUAUAAAUACAGUAAACCCCCCCCCCCCCCACACACACACACACACAUUUUUGCAGAUGGAUAGGAACGGAGCCCUGCUGGAAAAAGCGAUUGGUGACCCACGACACCCCCCCCCCCAUAACUAUCUGUACCAGUGUUUCCCAACCUAGAGUUAGCUGAGGCCUUCAUUUUAUAUAACUCACAGCAUGCAACCAAACAAAAUGUCAAAACAUUUUUUUUCCAUACUGUAUACUGAAAUGAUGUCAUCUCAAAAUUUUCCCAAUUUACUUACUUUACCGUGUGAACGCUGUUGAUUUAAAAGGCUUUUAUUCUGUUGUACGGACACACUGCAAAAACUAAAAUCAAGCCAAGAUUAAAUAUCUCAAAUCAAAGCUAAAUAUGCUUGUUGUUGCUCUGCCAAGAUUUUUUUUUUAACCAGGCAAUUCAUUCUCAUAAUAAAGUAUUAUAAUUUAUGAGAUAUUAAAAAUCUUUGACCGGUGAUUAUCAACUUAAAAUAUGUAGUACUGUAACUUGUAGGUGUCUUUUAGCUGCCAUACCUGAUCAAUUUGAAUUGCCCUAUGGGGCCAUAUAAAGUUUUGAUUUGAAUUGAAUUGAAAUGCUUAUGGCACAUAAACACUCAAAGUAUAUUAAUAAUCUAAUCCAAAAAUACACUAAACCGUGAUCCCAAAACACUAACGUCAGUCCAAUCUCAUUUUACAACAAUAGCUUUAAAAAUACAGUAAAUGUCUUCCAGAUUCUGACAGAAUGCACAGGAAAUGCAAGCAGACAUGCCACUAAGACUUCCUGUAUCUUCUGCUAACAUCCCGGGCUAAACUCAACUCCGUCCUGACAUACAAAUACGUUAGUCUCUCAGAAGCUAACUUCCACAUACAUCAUUGACACUAAUGAUUGUUUCUGUAUUGGCUCAAGCUUUGGCGCUAUUUUGUGUUAUCUUGGAACGUUAAAAAAAGAUGAAGAGGUGAAUUUGUGAAUAGCUAACCAUGAAAAGGCGGGCUUUGCUGUAUGUACAAGAAAAAUGUGGGUCCAAAAAGAACACUUCCAUAUUGUGAUACCUUUGUACAGGGUAUUAUACACUGUUUCUGCUUGUUCAUGUGGAAUAACUAUUUGUCAAAAGUAUUUAAACAUGUUCUU